AGGAAGAAAAUACAAGAAACUGAUACCUCCACUGGGUCAGGAAAAGACGCAGCCAAGAAAAGUGAAAAAGACCAACCCAGAAGCCACAAACAAAAGCAAAGCCAACAACCUGAGAACAAAGAAGGAAAUGAGAAUCGUACAAGUGGUGAAGAUGAUCACGAUAGUAGAGACAACACAGAAUAUUUUGCCACAUACAAGAAGAGUAAAAUGACGGUCUUUUUCCAUGCUGUCCUUGCACCUCAUUUCAAGUUUGAUGCCCAGCAAGGUGACAGAAUCUUCAUGAGGUUUGGUGGACCUGUCUUUGGAAAAUUCAAUGAAAAUAUCGUGGAAGUUUUUCCUAAAUGGUACGUUGUUUGGUGUUGCAUUGAGCACAAUGCUUCAGUGAGAAUACAUGUAUACAGCUGAAUAUAACUGUCCACUUUAUUGUCCAAGUUCCUAAUCGGUGUACAGACGAUAUUACUUUGCACAUUUCAAGUUUUUUUAUAAUGUCUUAAAACGUUCUUAUCCGUUUUUAACUGUGUUUAAUAGGUGCCUCAAGCUAACACUUUCCACUUUGUGUCUUGUUUUCGUAAUUUACGUUACCGAAGUGACAUCAGCAUUUUUUACCCGUUAAGCCUUGUGCCCAUAUAAAUCGUGCCUAGUUCAUAGACCUCAAACGUUUUGGAAGGAAGGAAGAAGUUCCCAACCUUUCUUCUCGGUUACGUCAUCGAAAUGAAUUGACCGUGUGGACCUGGGACGAUUAUGUAGCAUCACAUUGUAAUGUGUGUACUGUUGGAAUUCCAAGAGAGAAAGAAAGGAAUUAACAAUAUUUCUUUUGGCUCUAGUUCUCUGGAAAAUGAUUUUAUCUUGGUUGAAGCGCAGCUGUUGUUGCCAGUUGAUUACGCUUUUCGAAGACUGUUUUACAAGUACGUUGUGUGGAAGGAAAAAACGAAAGAUAAAGACAAGUAUGUGUGGGAACACUUAGUCGGCUUUGAUGUCCAUAGCAACAGGUGCCUUUUAAUUCCAAAAGCCAGGUGUGAAUCAGGAGGUAAUACAUUUUUUUACAUACUUAUUUUUGUUUAAGUAUUUUUUUUUAUUGCAAUCCAUCGUACUUGUCUUAUCAGAGGGGUAAGUUAAUCAUGAUUUUUAUAUAUUGCCUGACUGCAGAAGAAAGAAAAUAUAUUUACUGGUUUAUUCAAACAAACCUCCUCCCAAUCUCUAUUCAAGGUUAAUUUAUCUCGGUCCUGAGGGUGUCCCCUGAAUAGAUGUUACACUGUAAGCAAUGCCUUCGAAAGGUGAAAUAUCCCUAGAAUGACUUUCUAUUACUGACGUACUUACCCUUUGGCGAAUAUGUCAGCAAAAAAAAAAAGGUUCACGAGUAUGAUAUACGCGGUUUACCAUGAGCAAGCAUUCUUGCGUUUGACGUUAGAAGAACGCAACACAUAAUCUUGGGUGUCCUGUGGUACUCAAGGGUGACCUUUUUGUGGUACUCAUUUCGUCGUACGUCUGCAUUUUCUGCGCCAUGUUGAAUAAUUUAUCUUGUGGGCACAAAAAUGUUAAAUACAAUUAAUAGACCUUUUUACUGAUACGGCGGCCAUAUUGAAUUAAUUCGAUUUAAGGAGUAUUAUAGGAUGCCCAGGGGGGCAUGAGCACAUUUCGUUUGUAUUUUCGAACGCUUUUCGGGACAUUUUUUCUUAAAGUUUUCUUAGAAUAAGAUUGUAAUGGGAAAAAAGAUCCUUGUGCCGUGUUUUGAUGUAAUAAUGAUCGCCUUUUUCCCGAGAAAUAUACAGUGAAAGACCAUAUUUCUAAUAGUAAACUAGAAAAAGGCGAUCGUUAUUACAUCAAAACACGGCACAAGGAUCUUUUUUCCCAUUACAAUCUUAUUCUAAGAAAACUUUAAGAAAAAAUGUCCCGAAAAGCGCUCGAAAAUACAAACGAAAUGUGCUCAUGCCCCCUGGACAUCCUAAAAUACUCCUUAAAUCGAAUUAAUUCAAUAUGGCCGCCUUAUCGGUAAAAAGGUUUAUCUGACAGACGGAAUUAGUGAUGGUUGAGUUGCCCUUAUACGUCGAAGGUCUCGGGAUCGACUCCUGCCGGGUGAGACUCAUUUUCUUUUUUUCGUAGUCGUUUUGUUUUGUUUUGUUUCUUUUUAAAAAAAAAACAUAUGGGGAGCGUUUUGCAGCAUCAAUUUAUUAGGAAACAACGUCACCUUUGACAUUAAACGUAAAAAAGUUCGAACGCACUUCCUAAUCUGAGANACAUUUUUUCUUAAAGUUUUCUUAGAAUAAGAUUGUAAUGGGAAAAAAGAUCCUUGUGCCGUGUUUUGAUGUAAUAAUGAUCGCCUUUUUCCCGAGAAAUAUACAGUGAAAGACCAUAUUUCUAAUAGUAAACUAGAAAAAGGCGAUCGUUAUUACAUCAAAACACGGCACAAGGAUCUUUUUUCCCAUUACAAUCUUAUUCUAAGAAAACUUUAAGAAAAAAUGUCCCGAAAAGCGCUCGAAAAUACAAACGAAAUGUGCUCAUGCCCCCUGGACAUCCUAAAAUACUCCUUAAAUCGAAUUAAUUCAAUAUGGCCGCCUUAUCGGUAAAAAGGUUUAUCUGACAGACGGAAUUAGUGAUGGUUGAGUUGCCCUUAUACGUCGAAGGUCUCGGGAUCGACUCCUGCCGGGUGAGACUCAUUUUCUUUUUUUCGUAGUCGUUUUGUUUUGUUUUGUUUCUUUUUAAAAAAAAAACAUAUGGGGAGCGUUUUGCAGCAUCAAUUUAUUAGGAAACAACGUCACCUUUGACAUUAAACGUAAAAAAGUUCGAACGCACUUCCUAAUCUGAGAUUACUACUAGUUUAACUAAUUUAUCCUAUGCCACCCAUUAUGAAGAAGGGGAAUUCUAAAGAGUUCUUCAGAAAACGAUAUUAGGGCCGCAUAAAUUUCAGGAAUGACAGCUUUUGGUGGCAAACCUUAAAUCGUAAAAUCUGCUUAUGUCAUUACGCACUUGAGGUUUUGAUCGAACAUUCAUUAUAAACUCACAGGGUUUUUGCCAACUUUUCUGAAUUAGGAAAACAAACCAUACAAGCUAAAAAGGUGAAUGAAGGAGUAUUGCAACCAGUUCCUUCAUUUGAAUUUUUAGCGUGUAGCACACCAGCUUUUAGUUUUUGGAACGAUAUAUUUUUCAGCUAUGGAAAUUGAUAUAUGAAGUGUCUCAGUGAUUUCUUUUAUCUUUAAAUAUUGUUCAGGUGUAUGGCACCAGUAUGAUGAUGGAAUUUUUAGUCCACCAAACGCUGCUCAAAAGUUCCGCAACAUGAUGCCGGUAUGGAAGAGCAUGGAUCCUCUUGAAGGAAGAAAGAUAGCGACUUUGGCAAUGCUGCCUGCCUGGGAAGGAUUCACAGUAGGCCAAAAAGACACAACUAUGACCGCUUGGGAAGCAAUAACAGCUGUUGAGGAUCUGGCUUACUGUAUGAAAGAAACACGCGUGGAAGAACAUAGUAUCUUGAAGAGGAAUGUUCCACCACUGUAUGACUUCAACAGGGUACGUACGUUACCAUUGACAGUACAAAAAAGAUAGCAAUUAAAGAGGCUAUGUUACGCUUAAACGUGUCUUUGCAUCAACUGAAUUGGAAGAAUAAUUUUACAGUUUUGUUAUUAAAGAAUACAUUUAGGCAUUGGAACUGUUCCCUACAGGAUGCUAGUUCAUGUCUACCUCUCACCAUAAAACUAUGAUGGUUAGUGCUUUCUUCCUCCUCCUCCUCCUCCUCCUCCUCAUUUCUAUUGCUUUCCCUUCUCCUACUCCUCCUCCUUAUUUUUAUUGUUGUCCCUCCUCAUUCUCGUCCUCCUCAUUUUCAUUGUUUUUCUACCAAACAGGUUAUAUAGAGGGUCAGAGAGGCCAGAAGGGCCAAGAACGGGCUAAAUAACCUCUAUGAUAAAUAAAGGAAAAAAAUAGAAAUGAGGAGGAGGAGGAGGAGGGGGAGGGGGGGGGGGGGGGGAGGGGGGGAGGGACAAAAGGAGAGGGGGGGGGGGGGUGGGGGGGGGGGGGGGGGAGAGGAGGAGGAGGAAAACAAUAGAAAUGUGGUGGUGGUAUGGCUUUACUAUUCACAAAGCUGUGUUGAAAUACACGUUGAGUAUGGAGUCGUUGCAGGGUCGAUGUGGUGGAGGGUAAUACAAACUAAAGAAAAAUAAAAAAAGAGUUAGUCUUCGCCCUCGUUAAUAUGCACGAUUUGCGCGCCAAACAUCAUUGAACCGGAACUAGGACAAUAACAGCGCCAGAAAAUAGAACUUGCAUAAUUACGUUACGACUCAGUGAUUUCAAGUCCCUCAAAAAAGGAGUAACCGGUGAGCCCUAUACUACUGAAAGGUACAUCAUAAAGUGAUAUAAAGCUUAGUAAUAAGUAUAGAUCAGCGUGUUCCCGUAGUAUCAUUCCAAAUUUACCCUCAUGACCAGAACUGGAAAGGAUCCAACCUUCAUGGCAAAGAUAACUUUACAUGUAUUACCAGAAACUCAUAAGGGGUUGGGGUUCUGGUAUUACCUAAUGAAGCUCUCGUAGCCUCGGCUUAGGCGAUCUUCUAAUUCAAAUCAGAGACAUCAUCCAUUUGAACUUACAAAAUUAGUUGUUAGUUAAACGUUUAUUAGAGUGUUUGUAAAGUUUUCUCUGUAUGUAGUUUCAGUGCUCUUUUCUUGGUACUAACGCGUUGUUUUUUUAAUUCUCGACUCUUGCCUUUGUUUAUACCCCUUGUAGUUUCUAAAGGAUUUCCUCAAAGCGAAGAUUCACCAGAACUCUUCACUUCAGUCAGACGCAUCAGACGACAAAAAGGUUCUUCGCUUAGUGUCAUCCGUAGCAAUUGCUUACGUUCUUCACAGGCAUCCUGACAUUUCGCUCGAUAGAGAGGAUUAUGCCAACCUGUUUCCUUCUUUCAUUCUCGAGCGAGACCAGAACGUACAAACGUGUACUGUUUAUGACAAGCUCUUAAAACACUUCCCCAGCGUAGAGUGGCAGUAAGUCUUAUUCUUUGUUUGUAAAUAGAAUAGAUGAAAAGUGUAGAAAAUGUGGCAUGUCAGUAAUUUCAAAGAGAAGUGAAUUCUCGGCUGUCACGGGGACAUGCUCAUGGGAUUCUUUGGAAUUCUGAUUCUUCAAUGGGAAAUAAACAAUAAAAUUUUGAUUGUAUUUACAUACUCUUCAACGUUACACCUAAAUUACCUCUGGAAGAAAAACAUGUCCUGUAGUAAAUACUCUAUAUUACGGGUCUAGGACAGAUACGAAAAUAAAUAAUUGCUGUAACUCUUCAAGCUUAAGGAAAACAUUUUAAAGCGCAAACACAAGUACCAUCGUUAAUGGCGUUGACAGGAACAUGUCACUACUCUCAGCUAGACUGUGCUGAAUAACAGGUUAAGUAACAGCAGCGUUAUUAUUAUUAUUAUUAUUAAUAAUAUUAUUAUUGUUAUUGCAUGAUGUUGUUAUGUUGUUGCAAUAUGGCCCUCAUUUCCUUUCGACUCUUUCGUAAAAAUUUGGGCAACUUGCGAGAUGUUUUUGGGCAAAUGGUUUACCGCCCCCCCGAGCAAAAAAUUUCCCGUACGCCUAUGCUUGCAAAUGCAGUUUGACUUGAGUGGAAAGCUAUUACCCACAAGACGAUACUUAAUCAAGACCUUGUGAAAUGUAUGAAAUUUAGAUAACAAAGGAUAGUGUGGGCGAGCAGACGAUCUAAAGAGAUGCCAACGAUUGGGGAGAGACCGUUAAUUUGCGAUUAAAUCAGUGUUCGUUUAUUCUUCACCAGGAGACUGGGAGAGGCUAUUCAGGCUAUCUGUAGGAAUGUCGCCAAGCAGUGUUAUGACCUUCAUGAGUGGUUGUUUGCGGUACCCUUGGUUCAUUUUCUGACUCAAGCAUCAGAGCCAUUUACUAGUGAUGUGUUGCUCAUAGAAGAACCUAAACGUAACGAUGACAGCUGGUGGGGUGCCACUGGCUUUGAAACGAAAUGCGUCAGAGAAAGGAGUUUUAGUGAAAAAAGGUAGCUUAUAACAAACCUACUAGUUUAUUGUGUAAGAUAUAUCACUUGUGAUGGGUCCUUUGUUAAAAUACCAUGAUAUUCGUUAAAGUGCAGUUAGCUUUCCGUUCAGAGGAAAACAAACUUCUAUGUCUUUUUUUUCUUGACAAUUUGCAUGAUAAUCGUAUUUGCAAACAAAAGCACCGUUUGUAUAGCAGUGGUUUAAUGCGUCUGUUUUUGGUUUCAAGAUUAUAGGUGGUUUUCAUGCAAUCUCGGGAGACACAAAUAACAAUGGUGAAAUGAACAAAUGCUGGUCGACAAACAAAGCGAGCUAAUGAGCGAUCUUUUGUUUACAAUCCACCAGCAUGGCGGCGAUGACGUAACGUGAAAACCACCUAUAUACAACGAUUACAGCCGAACACAUGGGAAAAAGUCAAUACAAAACGGACAACUUUAUGCCUAGUUAUCGUUGAACAAAAUAAGAAGGAGUCCAAGUCAAGGAUAUUUUAGCAGAAUCAACGUUCAGACACUUUAGCAGAGAGAAAAUAUUAGUUUCUUGUAACGAUUAGGUGCUAAAGCGUCCCACCGCUCUCGAACCAUUAAAGGAAUAGUCAAUUAUGUUUUAUUGUUUGACGUUUGCCAACCAGCCCAUUACAUUUACGAAAACGAAUGUUAAGUUGUCUGCUUUAUUUCUUUCGUGUCUCAGAUGUCCGUCGUCCUGGAUUCAAUAUUUGUCUCCAUUAUUUGAGCUGGAUCCUCUCUUCAGAAGGACGUUUCUUCUGGUUGUUCCAGUCAAAGAGUUUGGCAAAAUUGCUUUUUCGGGGGCUUUUACUCCUGCUGAAAUAUAUACCACGCUUGCUAAGGGUCUGCUUGAAAAGGGUCACAUACUACAAAAUUGUCCAGAGGUAACUGUAUUGGGAAUUUUGACAUUAAACCUUGUCAGAUUGGUAUUUUGUGGUAAACGUUACGGCUAUAAAGUCAAGUUUGAGUCUAUUACGUUACACUGGCACCCAGGGCUAAAAGCGAAGCUCUCGACAAUAUUUAUCAUGUUUGCUCAAACAAAAUAUAAAAUCGUGUAAUGCUAAGCGGUGAAGGCAACGAGAGCGGUGAAAAAACAACAAUAGGUCUACAUAGGAAGCAACUUUGCAUGUGCAGCACACUUUUUUUGUACAUUUCUUUGCUGUUGUUUUGCACGACUACAACGUGAAACUUCCAGAAACGUUUAUGGAGGAAAUGUCGUACGUGUUCUUGUUCACUUCUUUUUUACGUCUCGCAUUUUCAUUCUGGUGACCGCUAGCAUUUCUCAUUUUCUCACCGCCGCUACAAAAGUUCAUGUUGUUCCUCCAACAAAAAAUGUUUCCUUUGUUUUUUCUCUCUCGCUUAAGCUCUUUUUCUCGUUGAGCUCCGCUCUCCGUUUUCGUCUUUAUUGACUCUUCAGUUGUCUUUGCGUCACGAGACGCGGGUGGCCAUACGCUUUCUUGCCAAAGUAACGUGACAUUUGACAUCGGCUUACAUGUAGUGGGUGUAGGGAUGGUUGGCGUUCGGGCGAACGCUAAGUCAUAACCAAAUUGUCUUGUUUCCAUGGGCUUCCACUGUGUCUUUCUUUCGUGUUAUUAAACGACGCAAAAUUUUCAACAAAUUUUAGUGUAAAUAUUUUGUCUCGGAUGCAAGUAGGGCGUCGUAGGUAGAAUAUAGAAUUUGUUUGGUGUCAUCUCUCUAAAUUUGUGUUUCAGUAUGACAAUUUAUUUUAACUAGAUGGAUGCUGUUGCCAUCAACUUAAAGAGAGAUGUCAAGUCAGUCCUUGAGGAGAAGACUAAAGAGUAAGAGUGCCAGUGGUUCUCGCAUUUUUGCUUCUUAGUAAACUUUAAACUUAUAUGUAUUUCUAAACAGUCACUUGUCAUCUCAUGUUUGAAUGUUUUGUUGUAGUUUGAAUGACAGUUUGAAUGGCUAUCCUUCACUAGAUCUUGUCAUUGUGAAAGGACUGUUUUUAAAAAUUUAAUACUCAUUACAAAGUAGUCAUGAUCAUUUAUAAACCAUUAAAUUUAACCGUUCUCUCUUCAUAAAAUUUUCAAUUUCGUUUGUCAUUAGGUUUUCCAGCCCUGAUGAUAAAGUUAUCUGGAAGCAAGAAGUUCUUCUCUGUUGCAUCUCCUGCUUGCGUAUUCUAAGGGCCGUUAGUAAUUCUAAAUGCAGUAUUGAACUCUUGCUUGACUGUUUGCGAUGCAUGGAGACCUGCAUGUCUCUGCUGUUAAAGACCGAUCCGCAAGAACAGGGGCAAGAGCAAGCUUUGAAAAAAGUGGAACAACUGCUAGCGGAGGGUUUUGAAGUAAUCAAGAUGUGGUCGAACAAAACAUUGUUGGACAAAUUUCCCUGCUACCUCACAGAUGAAAUAGAGAAAGAGCUUAAGGUAGAUUGAAAAAGUGUUUUUUUUCUUAAGUCUAAUGACAACAUAUGACACGUUUAAUUUAGAAGGAAAGACUUCGAUCCGUCAAUGACCAUCUUUAGUAGAAAGUGAAAUGUCAAUUUACUUUAAAAUUUGCAAUUAUAUUUGUAACAAAGAAAUAGUUAUAAAUCCUAGCACUGAUUACUGAGAAUGGUGCAACACCUUGCUUGGUCUCCGCUCGGCUUUCUCCCAUUGUUUUAAGAGCUUCCUUGUAUCUACUGAAGCACAAGUGGUGCUCUGAUGCUGAAAAUGGAUGCGCUUGAUAAAAAAUAUUACGAUUUACCUUUGAUGAUACCUGCGUAGCAAUUCUACAACUUGUUGAUGUGACAACAAAAAAAUAAUAAAACAAUCUUACUCGUUCAUGAGAGUUUACUAAAUGAAUUGUAGAUCUGGUCAAACUUACUCUCCCUGGAGUGGACAAAUGAAAGAUGUGAAGAGCUUUGGAAAGGCCGUGUGUUAGAGAAGUUGGAAAAGCGUUUGGAAGAGGUAGGAGAAUAAUUAUUUUGGGAAAAAAAUUUUAUUUGAGCUGAUAUAUUGUGACAAGGUGAUACGAAAAAGAUGCUUAUUUUCUUAGUGAGUCGAUUACCAUACCAUUCUCGGAGACCCAGGGUCAGUCAAUCGGGCCGAGAGAAAAGGCGCGGCGAACGUUUUCAAGCACAGGCGGAAAAACCCCUGGGUACCGACUCUCACCGGACCAUUUCCAAACGGUCAAACGAAUGCUCGCUCCUGAUUGGGCACAAAAAACGCUUUAUAUGAUUGUUCCCAAUCGGCGAUGAGCAUCUCUAGAGUUCUUUUAGUUAGUACACGACUGUUGUCGCGCCAUACUUCUCCGGUUUGUUUACCAAGGUUGUGCGUGCAAGGGAAAAUUUCAUUUUGUACUUUCCUAACCAGAAACGAAGGAGCUACCGAUGAGUCGGAAAAACGUUUCAGAUGCAAAUUCCGUUUCUGACCGAUCACAGUCGUAAAUAAUUGGAUUUUAAGAUGCCACGACGGUGACGACAACGAGAACUUCAAAAAAGCAACAGCUUGACAAGGCAAAACAACAACUUUGCGCGUGCAUCACGCUUUUUUGUACAUUUCUUUACUGUCACUGUUAGUACGACUACCACGUGAAAAUACCUAAUUUCACGUUUUGAGGUGGACGUAAACAAGCAAUGAUAAAAUUGUCUUUUUCUUUCUGAAAUUGGAUGUGGUUGAUAGGAUUUCAGCUCCGAAAGAGUUCGCUUGCAGUUGACAAAGUAAGUGAGCUGGAAUAAUCACGAUAGAGAUUGAAAAAACGCGAAUUCACUUUUCAAGCAACGCUUUCCUAACCAUCAGCCGUCUCUUAUAUUUACGAAGGCGUGAUCGAUGCAAGCUUGAAUACCCGUUGUCAGCUCAAGCUUGUAUUUUUGGAAAAGCGUCUGUAAAAUACCCUUACAUACCUCAUACGUUUCCAUGUUUUAGUCAACGGGUAGACAGUACACGUAUUUUGAAAUGGGGAGUUUAUAUCAAACUGAAAGUUUCCUAACUGCGUGCAUUUCUUUGGUGAAAGCCAGACAAGCCGUGAUCGAGACAACAGGGAGCUUUAGGAAAGACGUUUUUGAGCAAGGCACGUCAACCGGAAGUGAGCCCUUCUCCCUUUCUAUAUGCCUUGACUCUGACAAAUUUGUAUUGCUAAGUUUCUUUUCUCUUAUAAAGACAAUUUACCUGAGAGUUUGAACCAAACCACUGCCCAAUGAUGCAAUGGUCCGGUGUGAGUUAGACUACGAGCAGUCCCCCAUUUGUCCUCAGGGACAGUAGAGCGAGCGAAACGCGAACGCGCGCGAAAAUCACCCCACGCGAGAAAAGGCGACACGCGGCGGCUCGCCUUUCUAGCGUGGGGCGAGUUUCACGCGCGCUCGAGUUUCGCUCGUUUUACUAUCCCUGAGGAAAAAUGGGGGACUACUCGUAGUCUAGGUAUGAGUUGGUACCCAGGGGGUCUCCAGUUCGUGCUUGAAGAAAACUUUUGUCGCGCCUUUUCUUCCGACCUGACUGACAACCGCUGGGUCUCCCAGGAUGUUACUAUACAUUCCCAGUGUAUUGCACUCAACAGCCUCGACUUUAUCUGCAAUAUGAAGACAUUAUAGACCUGGGGCCGCUUGCUCGAAGCCUGGUUACCGCUAACCGUUGGUUAAGAGGUAUCAAAUUGUAUAGGUUUCCAUGGUAUUUAACGCUGGUUAGCACUAACCAUGCUUCGAGCAACCCGGGCCUGUUGUCUAUUUCUUUCAAUAUAUAAAACCAUCAAUAUAGUUUUUUUUAUAGUCGUUUGAUUUUUCCUGUCUUUUAGCGUGACUGUAACGAUCUGGUUGAAGUAUUCAGUAAAACUAAUAUGGUGGCUCAUCAUAGUCGUGUUCAAGACUUGAUCUCUGAAGUAACAUUCCGAAAAGUUGAAGGCAUGCUUCAGGUAAUCUUUGCUCAAGUGCUCUGUUAGUUGUGUGUCGUCUGUUUACAUAGUAUGUUUACACUGUCUUCUGAUCUCUCAUUUUGACCCACCAUGUCAACACUCAAACAUCAUAGUGUCAACAUUGACGAAUUAAAUUAAAAAAACGUUUUGAUGUGCUAAAUUAUCGUUUGUCUCACGGAGGUCACUGCCGACUGAACACUGCUGGUCUUUAUCUGGUGAUAACAUCGUGACUGUGAGUGAUUUCUGCAUGUGUAACUUUUCCCAUGAUUGGAGAAUUUUUUUUUUCUGGCACACUGAUCGAAAAUUCUAACCGUGAGUGACGCCUGAAGUGCACAAAUCACCAGCAAGAACCACGGUCCCACUAAUAGUCCCGCACUUUCAAUCGACACGAUCGUCUAAUGGAGAGCAGCGGUAGGCGGUCAAAGUGUCACGAUCCGGAGUAACAAAAAGGCAAUGCGAGGCAAACUAUAAACGAAGCAUCAAACACAAAUCACGUGGAUUUGUAUAUUUCAUUAUAACUAGUUUUGUAAGUAAACACGAAAUAUUGCGGUGUGAUUCUCAUUUCUUUUCUUUGCCCUGCAACCAAGAGGGGGAAUGAACGCGAAGACGUCUUCCAGAACCUUUCCGUAUAUGGGCUUGGAUCUCCUCAAGCUCAAAAAUGUGGCGAGCUCUUAACGCUGAUGCUUACUCAUUCCUGGCCUAAACCACAAGGAGAUGUUCCCUGCUCAAGUAGAAUUAUCCUCCAUCAAGUUCUGACCUGGAGGUUAUGGCCCUGCUUUUUCCAGAGAUUUGGUAAGAUGUGAAUUAAAUCCUGGCGAGUGAGGAUACUCUCUUGCUUUAAACCUAUCGGUAUAAGAUCCUCUUCCAUCCUUGCAAGGUUUGCAAGGUAUACAAUAAUUGAUUCCAAACUACCAGACCGGUCUAGGGAUUAUAUGUUCCUUUUUCGUUAGGUCUUAAAGCUCCUCGCUUCUGCAGACAUAACGUAUUCAAUGGCUGAAGCCUUAAAUUGGACUAGUUGUCAUGCAGAUGGCGAAUUGUUUCUUCUUUUUUCCAUCCGUCGAUUUAAACAGUGAAAGAGAUGUAAAUGUUAAAGUCCUCUGCAUGGGAAUUAGGGACGAAACCUCAAAGAGAGAUCGCUCUUUUUUUGGUGGCGUUUAACGAGAGUCUCAACUUUUUUUUAUAUGUCGGUAAGAUCACGUAUUGCCUGGGGGGGGGGGGGGGGCCCCCCCUUUUUUCGGGUUUUUUUUCCCCCGGUGGGAAAAAAGCCAUCACGUUUUUGUGAGUUUCAAAACUUUUUUGGGGUUGUUUUGUUUCGCACCUUGCCCCAUGUAAAACUUUUUUGGAUUAUGUCGAACUGCCCCCCCAAGAGGGAAAGUGAGAUCUCAGUGUGGUACACUAUAUAAAUAUAGGAGCGGUGGAUAUAGUCGGUCGGAGGUUUUUGGUGUGUCUAUGUUUGUUAGUUGUUUCUUUGAUUGUUUAGUGUGUCUAUUUAAUUUCGUUGGAGCGAUGGCGGGGGGGGGGGGGGGGGGGGGGGGGAGCACACGCUUUUUUCGGCUCUUGUUUCACCCGUCGAGAAAAUAGCUAUCACGUAUUGUGAAGUUUCAAAACAUUUGUCGGGUUGUUAGGAUUCGACCCUCGACCCAUGAAACUAGUCUUUGAAUGAGGUGCAACUACCACCCAAGAGAGGAAUGAGGCAAACAAUUUUUCCAUCGUAAUACUUCUAGGUGUUUGACUAAUCGAUUAAUACAAUUUGCGUCCCCGUCUAAAAUAGCUGUAAGGGUGACAUAAGUACUGGGAAAAUUUAAAAAGGUAGCCAAAUAUCAUCCUUUGUGGGCUAAGUUGAAUAAUUUUGUUUAUCAAAGUUGUUUUCUCUUGGUCGGUCAGGUAAAGAGUCUGAUUAUCGCAAUGUACUAAGACCUGACGGGCAAGAAAUUUUGAUGAAGGCAUUGUCAUCUAUUGAAGCUGCCGUGAAGUACCUGAAAGAUGGAUCUAUUACAUUCCAAAUACUAACUCUAAUCCGUGAUCACUCUGAGAGAUUUCUGGAGCUUUGUGGACAGAUCGAACAGAUUACUAAAGAAAAAAGUAAGGAAUACCUGGAACAAUUAUUAAACCAGCGUAUCUCAGAAGUAACCGCAUUUCAAGACCAACGGGACAAAGUUACUUCCUUUGUCAGAACGUGCGCACUCAUUAAACAAGGUACACAAAUUACGUUGCGCGUUUUUUAUACACCAUAGCUAUGUACUAGUUAAGUCUAAGGGAUGAUAUCAAACCUGGCGAAGGGGAAAAGCUAAUGAGAGCAAGUAACACAUGUGCAUUAAUCCACGGUCUGGUCAGAUCCUCACGCCUGCACAUGGCCAAAUCACUCGGGAAGUGGCAGUUAUGGAUAGCUGUUACGCUCCUUUUGGAGCUUGUCAGUAUGGCAUAGCCGACAGAUCUCUGAACGGCCAAACCCGUAUAUGACAGGUCCUUUAUUGCCGAGUUCCACACAACACAUAUGGUAGCAGGGAUCCACAGGGCAGUUUUCCACGGCACGUGCGGGAAAGGUGGAUCAGCAUUUCUGCCGAUCUUAAGUGAAUAUGAUCAUCUGAGUGAGUGUAUUCCUGAAUAGGACCGUUGGUAGCGGAGACUAACGUUUCAUCAACCAUUUAGAGUCAAAGUCAGAUUGAUAUCAUGCGGGUCUCAUUUCCCAUUGGCUUGAUGUGUAAAUGACACAUGAAUAGAUUCAACUUGACAUUUUCUGUUUUUGAUUUUUUUUCUUUUCUUUUUUUUUUUAGUGAGUGUAGAUGAAUUGUCCAAGAAGGCUGUUGUGGACGUCUUGCGUCUGCCGAUUAAAGAGCUGGCACAGUCGGUAGUUGUUGAUGGUAAAGUUAGACCGGUGGUAACGUUCUUUCAGCUCUCGCCUAAGGCAAAGGAGAUGAUUUCAGAGCUCAGCAAACUACGCAACAGUACAUUUUUUCGACGAUUUUGGAUUGAAAAUGGCAAAAAGGCACUUUCACGCAUAUCACAAAGACAAGGACAUAAAGACUUGCUUAGUGUUGACGAUGUUGAAGAGUUGGUAUGGGCACCAUCAAUUGAACAGCUGCAGUCGGUGCAAGAUCGUUUUCUGAAUUGUACCAUUUCGUUUCAAGAGAUUGACAAGUUCUUUCCGGUUUUCAAGAGCAGCCAAGACCUCGCUGACGAGUUCAAGCUUAUCACCUCAAGAAAUAGCAUUAUAUUAGCAGCCCGCGAAUUGAUAAUCGACCAGCGCAUUGAACAGAUAAAUGAAUACUACAAAUUGCAAACCUGCACUGCCGCCGCUAGUGACAUCCUGAAAUUUAAGGACAGUUUAGGCCUUCAAGGAGAUUUUCAACUGGUAGAAGACCUAGAAAACCAGGUUCAUGUCGACCUUAAUUUAUUUUAAUUCUCUUUUCUUCCCAAUUUGAAAAACCUUGAAAUGGCUGAAAGACAGUCCCAACACACUAACUUCCUGCUUGGAUUGGUAACUGAGUUAAAAGAUAUGACCCGCCUGGCUGGUUCAUGUCACUUCUUAUCGUAAAAUGUUUAAGAUUUUCUUAUCCUUUUUACACAGAUGAACAAGGAAUUCAAACAGAGACCACUAAAGACUAUGGAUAAAGCUUUACAAAAUGCAGGCAGAUUGUUGUCGCUGAUAACUCCUGAGCGUGCAGAGUGUCUUGCUGCUGUAGCUCAAUGCAGAGAUUUCAUAUCUUGGAUAAGGAAAACGAUCAAAGGUAGAAUAUACGCGGUUAAUUUAGCUAUGUUCACACUGCGCUUAAGAUAAGUGGGCUUAUUGACAAGAGAAGCAAGGGACGAUGUGUAACUGUGUUGCUACAUGACCGUUAAUAAGACAAUGAGUUUUGACCUUUUAUUGUGACCUUCUAUUCCUGAUAUUAAGUGACUGAACUGUGAACUAAGCAAGUCAGCGUAUACUGGUCACUCCUGUUCCGCAAACAGUGAGUGAGAAACCAAACGGCGUUGGUCCGACCCUCUUAAGCUAAACUUCCCAAUGCUACCAACCACUAAUUGUCGGCAUUUUGGUUGGUCGUUUACCAUUCGUAUUGAACUCUAGACUGCCGUAAAGAGUCUUUAAAAUACUCACUAAAAACGUUACCACUAAUCGUGAUUAUCACUUACUGUUGAGCUUAUGAUAUAUAGAUAGUUAGAUUAGAUAGACAUGAGACAGACACAGACCGGUGGACAGACGCUAAAACACGAUUGUGAUUGAUUCAAGAAAAAGCCUGGAUUUAGUCGUGACUGGACCUUUCCCUCUUGGGAAAAGCUUGUGGAACCCCAAAUGAAAUAGGGCCAUUUCUCAUCCUCGUCUUUCCCGACUCCACUCACUUCUGUCAGGAGAUCCUGUGUGUCAUGCAGUACGUGGAAUACUUCGUCGCAUUUAUCUUUUCUUGUCGAACUCUUUCUUAGGCCCCCAAGAACUCAAGGUCCUUGUGGAUUUGGCCAUAAUCUCAGCUGGGGAGGCAGACAUGGAAACGCAUAAGAUCACAUGUCUACAUACCAGCUGCCUUGGCUUCGCUUCUCUCAUCUUUGAUUUGCAACCUACCUUUGGAUUUGAGAAACUGAUGAGAGCUUGUGAACCAGUUUGGAAUGCUGUGGAUGCUGACCCCACCCUCCCAGAAAAAUUGGUAGGCUUGUUUAGCAUAGAGUAUGGCUAAAUAGGUAAAAUGUUUAUUUUGUCGCAAGUGUGAUGGGUCUUGAACCUAUCAUUUCUGAGUAGCGGUCUUUUUGGUUGAUGGCGUGUUGUUUAGGAAUGGAAUUUUAAUUUACCUGAAAGGAUCAUGCAGGUAUUCCAAGUCGUACAUUUUUGAAGAAGUAAAAGUGAAAUAUCAGUACUCCUGUACUUAGUGGUAUGUUUGGAUCAUUUUGAAAUUCCGUUUAAGUAGUUAAUUCUUUCUACGUUGAUGUUGCCGCCUUAACCUCCUAUCGUACUAACGUAGAGUAAAGUAAAUGACGGAAUGUUGAGAUUGCAUCUGGCUCUGGUAGAUUUGCGUUAAAAUGUCAUAUUUCCUAAGUCUUCUUCAACAGGACAGCCAGCCAGGAAAGCCAUUAGGGAUUACUACAAGUAUUCCAUCUACCCAAUGACAGUUACAGAAUGGAAUAGACUGCCAAGGGAUAUAGCAUUGUCCAAUUGACCACUCCAGAAAAUACCAUAACAUACCAUAAUUCUCUUUGUUUGUCACCCCAAAAUUUUGCAUAAGCAUUGUUUUCAGUUUCUCUCGGGGCCAUUUUAACUCCCAAGAGAAACUGAAGACAGUGCUUAUGCAAAAUUUUGGGGUGACAAACAAAGAGUAUUAUGGUAUGUUAUGGUAUUUUCUGGAGUGGUCAAUUCGCUGGCUGCUUUUAAAAUUUUAUUCCUUUGCGCUCAUAAGCGCCUUUUCAGUCACUUUUGUUUUCCCUUUUUUUAGAGCGGUCUGAAAUGCUCAGUAUUGAGUGACAGACCUAAAAGGUAAAUGUAAAUGAAAAUGUAAACAGGACAGUCACACAAAAGGUCACUACUUUAAACUUCCCAAUAGGCCAUUUCCGAAUUCCCUUAAGCCUCUUUUUCAAAGUGAGUGCUGGUGCACAUCUUUUCGUUUAAAAAGAGGUUAUGAUACAAAUGAAAAUGAUGCUAAACUCAUUUUUAUCUGAAAGCUUGUCUACCAGGCCUCGCUGUGAUAGAGAGGCUGACUGCAGCUUAGAAAUGGGCUGUAUUCUGAUGCUUUGUCAACGGAACUACUCAGGAAACUUCGGUUGCACUUCUGCAUAUGAGUGCGUGUAUCAUCAAUUCUGCGUUUUUUGCCAUUAGCUUCCACACGUAGUAUUUUAACUUCUUUUUUUGUCUUUUUACUUACUUUGGCCUUAUGCAGGUAGCCACAAGUCGCCAGUUAGAGUGGUUGAAGGGGGUAAAAAAGUCUCAUGGUUCAGUGGCAAUGUCCUCUCUGAUGGAAGCUCAAACUAUUAAUGAAAAGGGUGUAUAUCGAGUUGGAUGUCCCAGUAAGGAUGCCUGGACAUCAAUGGAAACGUUUUCACUGGAUGCUGUGAUUGAACUCACGGUAGUCCCAGAUAAGAAAAGAUUCACUCUUGACAACCUGAAGGAUUUACAAAGUAAACUGAUGCUUAUUGCGGCCAAAGCUUCACAUGGAAAAGAAGACGUGGACCGAUUUGUUGAUGUAAGUCCAACCUUAGAUAGUUCUUAAGUCUGGUCAGUUAAAUUUGAAACAGUUUAAAUGCAAUAUAGAGUGAAUUUUUCUGCAACAUAAUAGAUGUGAUAUUUUGCCUGACGUUUCCUUUCGUGGCUCGAGGGUACUUUAAUCUUAUAGGGUUACAAUUGCUUACAGCUGAACGCAAAGUGUUAUGUGUACAUGGUUUUCUUAGAUGGAUUGUGACAAUCGGCAUUUAGGAUUGCCCACACAUUUAUUUAGUUGUUGCUGGAAUUACUGAUCACUUUCGUCAUACUUUUUCUUCUAAAGGUUCUUCAGUUUUUGUUUUCUUUCGGAAUUAACAGAUCCUGCAAUGUGUUCAGCGACUUGCUACAGUGUACAUCGCUCUUUGCAAAGCUGGAGAAGUAAGCCAUCUCCGUUGGAGGCAUGAAUUUCAGUGUACGCCGCGGCUCUCAACCAACCGCUCCCUUACAAAGGAUUUGGAAGAACAAAGUGCCCAGAUGGAGCAGUGUCUUGAGUUGUGGAAAAAAGAGCUGCAUACUAAGCGUAUUCUGUACAAGGAACUGAAUCAUUUCACCACCCGUCAGUUGUUGUUCCUUCGAAAACAGCUGGCUGUUGUUCAGGGAAGAGGUCCCAGGGCUGUCGAUGACAUUCCUCUUGAGGUUUAUAACCUGUUGGAGAGUGUGUUACCUGGGGUUGAGCCAGCCAUCCUUAAAUCUGUACUUACCUCUUGUGGAAUUUGCAGCCAACAAACCAGCGACAGUAUCGUCAGAUCGUAUGGUGCGACCGGCGCAGUUCAACCUAGCAUUCUAUUGCACCAGCCCAGGUCGAAAUCAUCGCAUGAGGAAGUGUUUCAAACGCUUGUAGCAAAAUUGGAAUCGAUUGGUUACUCAGAGACUGAGAAAUUUGCCAUUGCAUCAAUGAUAUCAUGCAAAGAUGCCAGCGAGUUAGAUCUCUUCGUGUGGUGUGUAAAAAACGCUGGGAACAAAGAUCUAAUUGAUGCUAGUUACUCAGAAGCCCUUCGUGAACCCAGAUAUUUGGCACUUAUCGAUAAAGACAGUAGCUUAUCUAUAGAAGAGGAAGGGUGAGUUACAUACCACAUGGUUUUAUUUUUUAAAUAAAUCUCCACAUGAAACUAUGUAAGCGGCCUUAGCUCCCACGAGUCCCCUCUAGCUCAGUGGUAGAGCACCUGGUCUAGUUGCCAGAAUGCUUUUGAGCCGCCUGUGUCACUGACUGAAUAAGCAUCUUUCUUAUUUCUCCACGUUUGAAAAAGCAAAUUGGGACUAAAAACACAUUCUUGUCACUUUAGGCGAAAACUGAUAGCACAAUUUUCUUUGUUUACUCAAACGUUAUCCUACGACGUUUAAAUUUCCUACGACUGUAACCAUCGAGGAACAGAUAGCAUGUUGUGAUCACGUUGUUAAGAAUAAGGUGUGGUUUCUCAAAACUCGAAAACUAUACUUGACCAGCAGUGGCACUGCCAUCAUGGCAUGAGAUAUGGGGAAAUCCAGUGAUGUAUUUACAACAAUGAAAGUCUUUUGCAUGCGUAAAUGUUUCAGUUUUGUUUCGAACUUUUUACGGUUCUUGGAUAUCUGACGUUUUUUUGAUUUCGUUUAAGUUCUUCUGCAGCGGAUAUGAUGAUUGAGCCCGAAGAUCUUCCAGAACCCAUGGAAACUACUUUUACUUCUGAUCAGACAGCAGGCGGGGAGUUCUUAAGCCUUGACGAGCUGGGAAAAGUUCUAAGACAGCUUGCUUUGCAAGGUGUGAUUCAGCAUUCACCUCUAGAGAAUGUCUACUUAUCACUCAUAUUUGUAAUUACCAAAAUGGCAAGACACUUUUUUUAAAGCGAGUCCUGUUGCUCAUCCUAUCAUAUGAAAAUAACUUUUCAUUCACGUAGAAAUGAAAUUCUUGUUCAUGCACUGGUCGCCUCGCUUUCUUAAGGGGGCCUAAAGGAAUUCGGAGAUAAGUUCUUUAAAACUAAAACAUUUCGUUUCGUUAUUGCAGGUUCAAAGAAACGCAAAAGGCGUCACCCAAAAUAUCUUAAUCGUGGAAAGCCAAAUCUUGUGGUUAUUCCUAAAGGUAAAGAAGAAGGGGAAACUUUAUAGUUAUAAAAUACGCUGUCUUUUUCUUGCCUUCCUCUUCCCUCCCUCCCAGCCUUCUUCUAUAAUUGUGGCGUUGAAUUUCGUCGUCUCUCCUUCCUUUCUUCCUUCCUCUCUCCUCUCCGUUCUUCUUUUCUCCCUCUGGUGAUUGUUUUGAUUGUGUUCUUCCUUUAGUUAUGGAUUCAAAGGUUUGCCGUUAAAAUUGUACUCAGACCUAUAUUUCAAAUUCAUUUGUGCUUUUUAACCCCUUUCCUUUGUUCUUGCGCUUACCCGACCUCAUGUAAGAUAUUUAUUACAUUCCCUUUGCAGAUGACAUUCUAGGAACGGUGCUAUCCUUGUACAUGCAAGACACCUCACAAUCUCUGCCAAGUUCCGAAGAAGUGUUGAUAUGCUCUUCUGAUACAACUGCAGAAGAGGUAAGGUUUUUUUUUAAAAUUUCACGUCUCGAUUUAGAAUUUCGAUUUCGUGCAGUCAGGGGAGUCUUAUGUUAAGAUGUUGAAGGAGACCUGACACUCGGGUUACAAUAUAUUCCAAGGAAGUGAGUGUUUCAUGGAAGAUUCAGCGCGUUGUACAUAUGAUCUUUGCGACCUUUUUUUCUUUGUCUCUUAUUCGUAAACAAAGCUGAAAGAGCAUAAUUACGACGUAACACAGUAAGGGCUCCUGACCUGAAUCUGGACUGAUUAACGUCAUCAGCAUAUAACUAGCUUUUUUGGCCAAAAUGUAGACCUUUCUCACAGAAUGUCCCACUAGCAACAACCACGUUAAAACUGAUUCCGUUACAGAUUGAGCUUCUUUGGCGACGAGCCCUUGGUGACAGUGGAGUUCAGAUGUUCUGUUUGGUGCAUGUUGACCUUCUUGACUACAGUGUUUCCCAGAAAGCUGCUGACAGCCUGGAAUUCUUACUGCAGGAACCUCAAUGCAAUCGCAAUGAUGGUAUUUAAAGUUACCUUAAUGUUUUCUGUAUGCACAGAUUGGCCCAGUGGUUAAGGGAGCUGAAUUUUACGGCGGUAGCACGAGUUCAAAUCUGCGCUCUGCCCACAAAGUGUAGUUGUUAUAUAGCUGGAAAAUGUUUUCCCAACAGCGCGCGCUCGCGUUGGUUACUUCGAAGUCACAUGGCAUCUAACAUUGAAACUGCUUCUUGACGUCAGAGGGCAACAGUGCACUGUUACCCGCGAAUGUUGACCGCUCCGGAGAUAUAUUUAACAAUUAUUCUUUGAAAUCGAGGUGAAUAGUGGCUCAAAAUUUACCGAACCGCGAAGCGGCGAGCUAAAUGUUCCUAAAGCCACUAUUCACCGAGAUUGAAAAGAAUAAUUGUUUUAGUAUAUACACACGAAGUGAUCUCAACAAAAUCAGAGAGGAAACCAUUAAAAAAGUACGAUUUGAUUGACGGAUCAAAUCACGCGAAAGUUUAAAAAUAGAUCUCUACAGAAUUUUCAAACAUGGCAAUUCACAAGUUUAUCACUUCGCAAACAACAGCGUAAUGGCUUGAAUGGAACCGUUAAAAGUUUACAUUGUUUCCUUACCUGAGAAGAAAAGUAGAGCUUUGUUGUUUUCUGUUGAAAAGUUUAUAGUAAAAAAGGUUUGUUGUGUCGUUCUUCGCAUGAAGUGCUGACUAAAAUGGCGGCUCGGUUGCUCGAGGUAAGACGUCGUCUUCCUGGAGCAGUCUUUUUCCUAUUUACUUGAAACGUAGAAUUUCUGCAAACAUUUGCUUUCAAAUUUGUUUUUCAUAAAUAUACUUUGAUUUUUGGGCCAAAUUUUUCUAGUUAGGAAACGAUGAGUUCUCGAAACGGUCCCUUCUACGCGAAUAAACGGGAGUUGUAAACAAUCCAUCGAGCACAAAACUCAGCUACAGUAAAUGGAAAAACGCCGUUGUGAAUCCUUGGAAGUCUUUUCUUGCCUUAAAAGACGUCAACCCUAGGAUUUUGUCGACUUUUAAAAGAUCAUUCUCUAAAAAAAUGGAAAAACACCGAGCUCACACAUUAUCCUUUCGCUAGGAGGUGAAUAUUGUUGAAUAGUCCGAGAUACCGAACCAAUCAGGUUGCAUAAAUCACCAAGAUCACUGAGUGUGUUUAUAUUCGUAUAUUUGUACACACAAAAAAGGUUUUUUUUCAUAGGCUCCGCCUCGGGAAACAUUGAUAUUAUCGGGAGACAAAAUUAACUGUUUUCCUCGGGACCAGUCAUUAAGUGUCUAUUGUUUCUUGGUAGUCCUGAGAUCAGCUCCUCGGCCACGCCUGUAAAUAUCCAACUGGGUGGUCUCCUGCCAGUUGGAAGUUUUAACCGGUAAUUUUUAAUUUUUGUUAUUUUUUAAUGUGUUAUUGUAUAAAGUGAAAACGCCAAAGCAAGGUCCACACUGUUGCCGUAAAAACAGUAUCAGUGACAAACAGUUUUUUCUUCGCUGAAAUACUCGGACACUGAUAUAAUAUCGUGCGAAGAAUAUAUGUAUAUAAUACAUAAAUAUGCAUGUAGUUGACCAAACUCUCCCCGAAAGGAAAUGUAAUAGGGAAGAUGUUUGUUUACAGACAAUCUUAUUAUCUUUAACUACGGCCACAGUAACACAAACGGCCUCUGUUUUAAGUAACAGCCAACUGGCCUCAGGUUGGCUCAUGAUAUUAACAAGUUGCCUCAGUGAUACCUACACUAAAAAAGUGUCUUAAGAUGAAUCAUUACAAAGAGGACGUACGAUUGUUAUGACUGUUAAGCUGAUUCUUAGAGGGUUAUAUAAAUUCUCUCGUGAUGUAUUUUGCAGACAAAAGCCAGAAACCGCUUUCUUUUUUCCUCGUAACCAAGCAUUUGAUCCACUUAUUUUCUUGUUAGGGCUGUCUCUUGUGGUUAUCUGUAGUUCUGAGAAUGAAGACAGAGCUCAUAUGGCUGCAGCCCUUGAUCAAUACAGACUUGGAACUAUUCCACAUUGUGCUGCACCAAAGGAUAUCAGGCAAUAUCUACAGACGCAGUUCAAGUCGUGUCCUCAAACACCAGGAAGGUUUCAAGAUAAGGUCAUUCCAUGGGCACCUGCAGCAAUGUUGGACAAACAAAAGUAA